AUGCUCCGGCAUCGUCUUGAGACACGAUUCGAUGGUCGCUCCGCCCUGGCUGCAAGCAGCCAGCACGAAGACGACGACCGAACCGAGCCCAAUGCGAUGUCGGAACAUUGGCAAAUGCCAGACCCGAGAUCCAACAGGGUGAGAAAGGGUGAGACCAGGACUGAAGACAAGUCGGGAGGCCCGACAAGAGGCAGAUGGUCACAACAAAUGGCAGAAAUGGGCCGGUAA